AUGCAGAAUAUGGCUUUAAGAAGAAUUGUUGGUGCUUAUCGCACAACUCCUAUUGCGGUACUACAAAAGGAAGCUGGUAUUAUGCCAUAUAGUAUUAGGCUAAAAUUUAUGGUGGCACGAAAAGCUAUUCGUUUACACCUAAAUAUUAGCAAAACUAAUCCUAUUAAUGGUCAUUUGUUAACAUUGAUUGAGAAAUCUCCAAUUGCAAAGCUAACCACGCUUUACAUGUUGGCGAAAGAUGAUAGAGACUAUAUGAUUAAAAAGGAUGAAAAACGAAAAUGCAAGAGGGUUGAACCUCUUACACUGAAACAACAACAAAAUCAGACGAUUGGAAUUUUGAAAAAACAAGCAAUGGAAGAAUGGCAAGAAAUGUAUUGGAACAGCAGUAAGGAUCUGUGGUAUCAUAAUAUCACAGUGGAGUCGAAAUGUACUGAUAAUCUUUCCAAAAUGGUUACGGGAGUGAUCAUGAAGAAAGAUAGUCGAAGGAUCUUGAGUAAUAUUACUCAGUUUCGCACAGGCCAUGGCAACUUUGGCGCAUGGUUUAAAAAGUUUGGAAUUGAAAAGGAUAGUUACAACUGUAAAUGUGGAGAGCUGGAAACAGUUCAUCACAUUUUAGUUGAGUGUCCUUUGCUUGAAGAGGAAAGAAAAGGACUGAAACGGAUAUCUCCAGAGAUGGACAUGUCGACUCUCUUAAACAGUUUAACUGGCUUACAAGAGAUUAGUAAAAACGGGGAUGAAGUUUUUACUUCGGUGAAGAGAUUGAAUAUUAAGAAUGCAGAUUGGGAAAAGUUUGACAAGGAGCUUUCUUCUGCCAUUAAAGAUUUUAAUGUGCAUAACAAAACUCUAAAAUCAACUGACCAAAUUGAUGACCAAGCUAAAGUUCUUGAGGAGGUUGUAAAAAGAGCAAUGGCAAAGUCGAUGAAGGAAGUUAAGGUGAUGAAAAAGUCCAAACGCUAUUGGAAUCAAGAAUUAAGGGAGAAGUUAGAAAAAGCGCUAGAAGCUAAAAGGGAAGCCCGUCAAAGACAACCUUCUUUGGCUUUGAAACGACAAAAAAUUGAAGAGGCGAAAAAAGCUAGAAAAAUUUUUGACCACAGUUUGCGUGAGGCAAGUACUGAGCAAUGGAAUAAAUAUUUGUCUAGUUUAGAAGGAAAUGACAUUUGGAAGAUUUUGAAGUAUAUUAAUCCAAAAAGCAAUGAUACCAUUAUACCACAAAUUAGAAAAGAAGAUGGAACUCUCACUACUACUGUUGACGAAAAAAGACAUGAAAUAUGGAAGGCACUUCUACCUGAAAUUGAUCAUGGUCUUGAUAGAGAGUUUGAAAUUGAUAACGAUUCUCGAUGGCCAAAAUUAGAGUUUGAUGAAGUUGACUCUGCAUUGGCUGAUACCCCAAAUGAUAAAGCUCCAGGAGACGAUGGAAUUACUGGCAAAGUUUUAAAGAUGGCAUGGCUAAAUAAAGACUUUAAGGAAAGGUUUUUCAAGCUUCUCCAAGCUUGUGUAAAGUUUGGAUACCACCCAAAAGUCUGGAGACAUGGCAUUAUUGUUGUUAUACCUAAACCUAAGAAACCUGACUAUUCAAAGCCAAGAGCAUACCGACCAAUUUCCUUACUUAAGAUUCCAUCUAAAGUACUGGAAAAAUUAUACAAAAAGAAUGACCAAACUUACAACACACUUACUUCCACCAGAGCAAUAUGGGGAAGACAAGGUUAUUGUGCUACUGAUGCUGUUUUGGAACUUGUCCAAAGAAUUGAAACUAGUAAAGAAAAAUUUCAGCUAUGCUCAUUGAUAUUCAAGGAGCUUUUGAUAAUGUUAACAGAAAUAUAUUGGCACACACAAUGGAGGAUAUGA